AGGAGGAAGAGGGUGGCGUCCUUUUUAGUACCAAUCUUUAAUGUAAAAUCUGUUGUUAUUUUCUUUUCUUUUUUCUACUUGUAUUUUUCCCUUGUAAUUUUUACAGUCACAUAUGCUAAAACCAAUUUUAUCAGUCUUGUAGGAUCCUGUAAUUGUAUCUCACCCUGCCAGAUGAUAUUGAUAAACUAUACAUCAAAUAUAAGUUCAUAUGGUAUGAUAGAACUGUUUUUUGGGUUGUAGAGUUUUAUAUAAAAUCAGUAGCAACUGGUCAACAAAAUGACUAUUAGAUCAAUUGUAGAUGAAAUUUUCUCUCAUGUUCCUUGUUCUAUGAUAAGGCACCUAAAAAAAAACUAAAAUGAGUAUAAAUGGAAAGAACCUUGUGUUGACGUCAAAAUUGAAUAUUCCAUGUAGCGCAACGGAUAUUAAGGAGGAAGAGGCAAAGAAAUUCACCUUGUUUUGCUGCAAGAAAUAUGGUGGCAACAUGAAUAAAUUGGUGCCAACAGUACACUUUUUAAAUGCCAUGUGUCUGUUGUUCGACUUAAGAAGAAGUCUAGUAAGAAGUAGUCCUUCCUUCCUUCCUUUUAAUAAUAAUGAUAAUGAUAAUAGAGAAUAAUACUAGAGAAUAGUGGGUGGUGUGGAGAACGUGAAUCCCAAAGGCAGCGGCAGGGGCAGGGUGGCAUCGAUCUCGAUCAUAAUUGAUCAGUGAUCAUCACCAUGUCAAGCAGUGGCACAACUCCAACAAACCAAACAACAUACAAACCGUACCGGCACCUGAAAACCCUAACAGGCCACACACGCGCGGUGUCGUGCGUGAAAUUCUCAAACGACGGAAACCUGUUAGCCUCAGCCUCGUUAGACAAAACCCUGAUCAUCUGGUCCGCCCAAAGCCUGACUCUCCUCCACCGCCUGAGCGGCCACUCCGAGGGCAUCUCCGACCUGGCCUGGUCCUCCGACUCGCACUACAUCUGCUCCGCCUCCGACGACCGCACUCUCCGCAUCUGGGACGCACGCGCCUCCAGCAGCGACUCCUCCCACGUCAAGACCCUGAAGGGGCACUCCAAUUUGGUGUUCUGCGUGAACUUCAGCCCCCAAUCGAAUCUGAUCGUGUCUGGGUCUUUCGACGAAACGGUGCGUGUUUGGGAGGUGAAGACUGGGAAGUGUUUGCAUGCGAUCAAGGCGCAUUCUAUGCCUGUUACGUCUGUGCAUUUCAAUCGAGAUGGGUCGUUGAUUGUAUCGGCGAGUCACGAUGGGAGUUGUAAGAUUUGGGAUUCGUCUAAGGGUACGCUUUUGAAAACGCUUAUUGAUGAUAAGGUUCCUUCUGUUUCGUUUGCUAAGUUCUCUCCAAACGGCAAGUUCAUCCUCCUUGCCACGCUAAACGACACCCUCAAGCUGUCAAACUACUCUACUGGAAAGUUUUUGAAGGUUUACACAGGGCAUGUGAACAAAGUUUACUGCAUAACAUCCACGUUUUCUGUCACAAAUGGGAAAUACAUUGUUAGUGGGUCGGAGGAUAACUGUGUUUAUUUGUGGGAUCUUCAGCAGAAAACUAUGAUCCAAAAACUGGAGGGCCACUCUGAUACUGUCAUUUCUGUUACUUGUCACCCAGCUGAGAACAAAAUUGCUUCUGCAGGCCUUGAUCGUGAUAGAACUAUUAAGGUCUGGGUUCAAGAUCCAUGAUUUGUUAAGAAAAGAUAUGAUUGUUUAAGAAACUGUAUGGGGAUCAAUGUAUAAAUUAACUUUUUUUUUUUUU